AUGACGGUUCCGUACUCCAGUCAGGUGGCGAACGCCUCGUUCUUCGGGUUCCACCGGCUGCUGCUGCGCUGGACAGGAAGCAUCUACAAGCUCCUGUACCGCGAGUUCCUCGUGUUCGCCGCCAUGUACAGCGGGCUGAGCGCCAUCUACAGACUCGUUCUCUCUGAUCCACAGAAAAGAUUCUUUGAGAAGCUUUCCAUCUACUGCGACCAGUACGCCGAGCAAAUCCCAGUCACCUUCAUACUGGGUUUCUAUGUGACCCUGGUGGUGAACCGCUGGUGGAACCAGUUUGUCAACCUGCCCUGGCCAGACAGACUCAUGUUCCUCAUCUCCAGCUGUGUGCAGGGGGCAGACGAACAUGGCCGCCUGCUGCGUCGGACUCUGAUGCGUUACGUCAACCUGACGUCGCUGCUGAUCUUCCGCUCGGUCAGCACGGCCGUCUGCAAGCGCUUCCCCACCAUGGAGCACGUGGUGGAGGCAGGCUUCAUGACUGUGGAGGAGAGGAAGGUGUAUGAGUGUGUUCGCUCUCCUCACCUGAAGUACUGGGUUCCUGUUGUCUGGUUUUGUAAUUUGGCAUCUAAAGCUCGUCAGGACGGACGGAUCCGGGACAGCGUGGACCUGCAGACCCUCCUCACUGAGAUGAACAAGUUCAGGACUUGGUGUUCCACUCUGUUUGGAUACGACUGGGUCGGUAUCCCACUGGUCUACACACAGGUCGUCACUCUCGCCGUCUACACGUUCUUCUUCGCUUGUCUGAUUGGUCGACAGUUCCUUGACCCCGCCCAGGGUUACCAAGGUCAUGACCUCGACCUCUACGUGCCAGUCUUCACCCUGCUGCAGUUCUUCUUCUACUCUGGCUGGCUCAAGGUAGCGGAGCAGCUGAUCAACCCAUUUGGAGAAGAUGAUGAUGACUUUGAAGCUAAUUGGAUAAUUGACCGGAACCUGCAGGUGUCCCUGCUGGCGGUGGAUGAGAUGCACAUGAACCUGCCUCACAUGACCAGAGACAUGUACUGGAACGACAGCGAGGCACAGCCGCCGUACACGCUGGCCGCCGCCGAAUCCUGCAUCCCCUCCUUCCUGGGCUCCACCACUGACAUGGGACUGUCUGACAUCCUGCAGUUUGAGGAGGCGGAGCUUAGUGACAGUCACCCCCGACAACAGGAUUCAGUUCUGCCUCGUCGCCAAGAGUCGAUUCUGGGUCGAGUCCGGCGGCUCCUGAGCGUCCAGGAACCUCCAGACCUCCAAGCAGCUCGGCCCGCCUUCAAACGCCACAGCAGCGACGCCGUAGGAAGCUCCUUCCCCUUUGGCCCCGACCACAGGGUCCGUCCUGGCUCUGAGGGGUUAGCUCCGCCCCCCUCCUUGACUCUGGACACCUUGGCGACACUGCGGGAAGUCAGCAGCGGCCCGCACUCCCCCUCCCCCUCCCCUGAACUCCCCAGGCUUGUCAUCAGCCCACCGUUGACCAGUUUCCAUGGUAAUGUGGAUUUUGCCGUUGGUAAGGACCUAAAGCCUCAGAACUGCCUGAGGACCCUGCAGAGGGCGGAGCCUCAGGCGGAUCUCCCCCCUGUCAAAGAGGCCCCAGACUGGGUCGACCUGAGCAGCAGCUCCUCGGUCUGUGUGUCCCCCACCCAGCUGGGACCAAAGAAGUUCCGCUGGAGUGUUCCCAGGGGCCCAGAUGGUGUUCAUGCCCGGCCCCGUGGGCGCCAGCUGUCCUUCCAGUUCUCCAGACAGACAUCGAAGGCAUCAGUCCGCAGCCUGCCGAGCCCCAAGGCGCUGGGCAGGAAGAGGCGGGGCGCGGGCCUUCUGCGACACCCACCCUUGGCGGGCCAGCCCGGCCAAAUGGUGACCCUGCAGACCCCCGACGCCGAGCACGACUUCCAGGCCGUCCCACCUGAGGAGGAGGGCAAGAGGGAGGCAACCAAUGGCCAUGAGGUCAGAAACCUCAACUGCCAAUCACAGAGCUCAGAAAAAAAAUGA